GGUAUUCUGAGUAUAUUAAACAUCAAUAUUCCUUUUUGCCUAUUCAUCACAAUAAUCUGUCAUAUCCCUGGACAAGUAUGUACAGUCCAGAAAAAACAAAUCAAUCCCUUGCCCAUUUCUGAGAAUACAUUUCCUGUUAAUAUGUUACUGGUUACCCACGCUUGUCUUCUAAAUCUGUGCUCACCUCAUUUGCCUCCUUAACCAAGAUCAAAAGAAUGUAAACUAUUCCAAGUCUGGUUAAGGGAAGAUCUUGGCUAUAGCCCAUGAGGGUGUUUGUAGUCUUUCUCUUCUCAUGCAGGUGCAGACAGUAAAGAACGCCUUCAGGUUCUGCUACUCCUGAUGAUCUGAGCCCCAAAUGUGCGUCUUCAUCAAGCGCCUUUCACAGACUGCCCCGUCUCUGCCAUUGUCCUGUCUUAUCAUCCCUCUGCCGAACUGCAAGGAGGAACGGGGAAUUCAAUAGAAGAGUCAAAGAAUAUUUCAUUGAGACCCCAGGAACACCAACUCAGAGCAAGUGGAAACACUAACGGAUAGAAAGGAAGGCUUGGCGAAGGGAACUCAAAGUGAAUCGCAAAGAUGUUCAUAAGGCAUUGAAGGAACCCUGAGCCUCAGUUGCUCCUUUCGUUUGAAGAACUAAGAUCGCUUGGAUCUCGAUCUAUGUAGAUCCGUGAUCGAUGAGGCUUUGGAGGGCUCUCCAUUCCCUUCUGCGAAAGCUGAACCCCUUGACCGUCUCCCCCUUGUUCUUGGGCAGAAGCGGGGAUAAAGAAGCUGGAGGGUUGGAGGGUGCGGCGGAAGAGCAGCGGGGGUCGGGUCAGGGGUUGGUAGUUCCACGGCGCGUGAAGAGCUGGCCAGGGGCCGGGGGCCGGUGCGUGGUGGCGCGAGGAGCAGCGAAGCGGUUUUCUUGGGUGAAGUCACCUCCUCCUCCUCCGGCAGGACCACGCUUUGGUCUGGGAGGGGGCUGAGAGCUAGAGAACCAAUUCUACGUAUCAGUCCCAAGGCAGAAGAGCAGCAAGGGCUAGGCAAUGGUGAAUUUGCUAUUAAUCCAUACCAUUGAUUGGAAUCAAUUAACAACACCAGAUGAAUGAAGUCGCUGUGGCCUAUAGUGUCCGGUUUGUAAACACCUGGAGUGAGGUCUAAUCACUCAGUGCCAUAAGAAUAGAAGCCAUGACUUAAAAUGAGACAUAGAGACCUGCAAGGAAGUUCCAUAUAAUUCAGGAAGUUUUCGAAAAAGGCCCUUCUGUCCUUCUCAAAAGAUAGCAUUGUUUCCUGCAAAAAUAUCAUGGGAUCCAAAGAAAAUGGGAUAGACAGUGGUAUUCAGAACCCUAAAGAUGAAAAAAAGGAGGAAAGCCAACUUGUAGAAGAAAAGGAGCAGAAGUUUAAACUGAUUUCAUUCCUAUUCACAGAGAGAUCCAACGCCUGCAUAACAAGUAGUAUCCUCCUAAUUAUUUUAUGGGGUGUAAUCUGGUCCUAUACAGGCCAUGAAAUUCUUCCUGGAGGAAGACUAUUUGGAACGCUAGCAAUUUUUUUGUGUGCCAUUAUUGGUGGCGAGAUUGUGAAAUUAAUUAAGAUACCUAUGGUGCCCCCACUGCCUCCUCUUCUUGGGAUGUUGCUUGCUGGGUUUGCCCUCAGAAACCUUCCAGGUAUCAAUCAGCAUAUAAAUGUUAUUCCAGUUGUCUCUGCCUGUUUGAGAAAUACUGCCCUUACCAUUAUCUUGGUACGAGCUGGGCUUGGGCUUGAUCCAGAGGCACUGAAGAAAUUAAAGGGAGUUUGUUUAAGACUAUCCAUGGGUCCGUGUUUUUCAGAGGCAUGUGCAACUGCUAUUAUUUCUCGCUUCACUUUGCACUUUCCAUGGCACUGGGGAUUUCUCUUAGGUUUUGUCCUAGGUGCAGUUUCCCCUGCUGUUGUGGUCCCCUCAAUGCUGAUGCUGCAAGAUAAAGGAUUUGGCAUCAAAAAGGGGAUCCCCACCUUGCUGGUAGCUGCCAGCAGCUUUGAUGAUAUUCUGGCUAUCACUGGCUUCAAUGCAUUCUUAAACAUAACAUUUUCUACAGGUCCUGUAUAUCAAACUCUCUUGAAGGGUUUAUUUGAGGCAAUAAUUAGUGUGAUAAUAGGAGUUACUAUGGGAUUGUUUUGUCGCUACUUUCCAAGUAAAGAUCAGAAAGCACGCCACUGGCAGAGAGCAGGUCUCAUUUUGGGUUUAUCUAUUUUGGCUGUCAUAGGCAGCAAUCGUUUGGGUUUUCAUGGAUCUGGAGGACUAACUGCAAUAAUGCUGACUGCUACUUCAGGAUCAAAGUGGUCCAAAGAAAAGGCUAAAGUGGAAAAUAUAGUUGCAAAAGCAUGGGAAAUUUUUCAACCACUUCUUUUUGGCCUGGUUGGAGCUGAGGUGUCUGUUCAAAAUCUUGAAUCAGAUAUAAUUGGCACCUGUGUUGCCACAUUGAGCAUGGCAUUAUUAGUUCGAAUUAUGGUCACAUUCUUCCUGGUGUCUUUUACUGAUUUUUCAAUUAAGGAAAAAAUAUUCGUUGCCCUUUCAUGGAUACCCAAAGCCACUGUUCAGAGUCAUCCAAGUCCAGUGGCAAGACAAAAGUCAAGACAACUGGUGAUGGCCCAGUCUACAGCUGUAUUAGGACCUCUGGCUUUAGAAACAACAAGAAGUUUGAACACACCUCACUUGGAAGCCUACGCAAAAACUGUGAUGACCAUGGCCUUUCUGGGAAUCCUGAUCACAGCUCCAAAUGGGGCUCUUCUCAUUGGCUUAUUAGGGCCCAGUAUACUUUCAAAGGAGGAGAUUGUAAAUGAUAGUUCGGCAUAGAUGAGAGAAAGAGAUACUUUUUUCAAAAAAUAAGAGAUAUUUUAUCACCUGUAGUCUGUUAAUAAAUUUUCAUGUUGAAAAUAAACCAGUAGGAGCAGAACCUAAGGCUGAUACACACCUGUGAUUUAAUUCCAGAGCUUUUUCUACUAUUUUCUUCUUCAAUUUUUUUACCACCCAAAUUAGUAUGGCUAAACUCUAGCUUGCUGGAAGACAUGAUCACGGUUCAGAAAUUCCCAGAAGGUAUAGCUAGAAAGAACUAAGAAUAGAAAAUGAUAGUAUAACGUGAUCAAAUAUGUCCAAGAGAAGUGGGAACCAAAUGCACCAAGGUCCCUCACACUGCCGCCCCCCACACUCCCCAAAUACAAAUGAAUAUCAGGGGGAAACAUCAUUCAUUCUAUUCAUAAAAUUGCAUAAAUCUCUCAAGAGAAAAAGUGAAAACCUCCAUCAUAACAGUGGACUACAAAAGGUACCAACAAAAUACUCCAAGGGAAAAAAGAGUUCAUCUUUAAACAAGUAAACUUAUUGAAAGGAAUUUCUCUUUCUAAUACUAAAUAGAUCCUAUUUCAAGGCUAGAGAAAAAAUAAAAUUAUAGUGAAGAUACUUCUCUUAUAGUCUUAACAAAUAAUACACUUCAAAUAAUGAUUUUAAGCCAAUGUUAUUUGAAGCUAUGAAAAAUAUGUUAAGAUGGAAGUAAACAGAAAUCUCAUGUUUUUUCACUUGCUACUGGAAAAUAAAAUUCUGGCAUUAGGAACAAGUAGUUUGUAGGAGAGAAGGGCAACAGGGACAGCUAGGUGGUUUUCAAUGGAGAGAGAUAUAAGCCUAGAGACAGGAGGUCCUGACUUCAAAACUGACCUCAGACACUUCCUACCUGUGUGACCUUGGGCAAGUCAUUUAACCCCUACUGCCUAGUCUUUACCGCUCUACAUAGUAUUGAUUCUAAGAAGGUAAAGAUUAAAAAAGAAAUCUCUAAGUACUAGAAUUCCAUAAUUUCUCCCCAACUCUGCACAAGCAAAGAAGAUAUUAAUCCUAGUAGUCCAGGGCAGGGCAUUUACACACUCUUGUAACAAGAGAAUUAAAGCAAUGGGUCCAUUCCUAUUUUGAUAGAUCCUCUUUUAUAAGGAGAUAUAUGUAUACAUAUAUAUAAUAUAACAUCAAAGGUAACAAAAAAGAUAUUAAAUUGGGGAUAUUAACCUAUGUAUUAGGUGUUUUUCUAUAGACAACUUAAUGUAGAUAUAAAUAAAACAAUGUAUAACCAAUAGUUGGUACUUAUGUUUCCCUCUAUCUCAGACAUCAAAAAAAUGUUAUGUGCUCUUUUAUUUUUGGCCUGAUAAUUUUAAACAGAUUUUAAAAUCAGGUCUAAAGUUCAGCAUUUUUAUAAUAUAUAUGAGAAAAAUUAUUUUAGUCAUUCACUAUCCUUUUCCAGGAAAGAAGUAAAAGAUGACAUAUGGAAAAACAGUACUUAUGAAGUUAAUGGAAAUAGAUGACUAACUGCAUCCCUAAGCUUUAUUGGUUCUUACAUUACUCCAUUGCAGGGUUUUUUAUGAAUACUGGAUUUAAUUUCUUACAUAUUCAUUGAACCCAGAUGUUUCUGAUUUACAAAAUAGGUACAGGAAUAUUUUAUAUUUAUAUUUCAUAUUAUAUAUAGGUACAGGCAUAUUUUUAUAUUUAUAUUUCUAAAACUUUUAAUAAUUUUGGAAGUGUAAAAUUUUAAUGCACUUAUUCAUGUAUGUAUAGUUACUAUGUAUGUAUUUGUCUAUAUUUAUGUACUACUUCCAUUUAAAAUAAAUAGGAUCAAUAUACCACCAAUGAAGAUGAAAUCAAAGUAAUUAUUAGGAGUAAUUUUGCCCAAUUAUAUGCUAACAAAUUUGAUAAUAUAAGUAAAAUGGAAUAAUACUUACAAAGAUACAAACUGCCUAGACUAUGAGAGGAAGAAAAAAGAUAUUCAAAUAAAUCUAUUUAAAAAAAGAAAUUGAGCAGGCAAUAAAUGAACUUCCUAAGAACAAAAGCAUCAGGACCAGAUGGAUUUAUAAGAAUAUUCUACCAAACAGUUUAAAAUAAACAAAUUCCAGCAUUAAAUAAAUUAUUUGUAAUAAUAGACAAAGGAGUCCUACCAAACUCCUUUAAUGAAACUAAUAUGGUACUGAUACCUAAAUCAGGAAGGGGAAAAAACAGAGAAAGAAAAUUAUAGAACAAUUUCAUUAAUGAAUAUGAUGCAAAAAUCUUAAAUAGAACACUAACUAGGAGACUGCAACAAUAUAUCACAAUGAUUAUACAUCAUGACCAAGAGGGAUACGAGGAAUGCAGAGGCAGUUUAAUAAAAGGAAACUAUUCAUAUAAAUAAUUAUACUAAAAGGAAACAAAAAUCAAAAGAGAUAAACAGAGGCAGAAAAGCUUUUCACAUAAUACAACUCUUAUUAAAAACACUUAAAAACAUAGUAGAGGAUUUUCUCUUAAAAUGAGAAGGAAGUAUCAACCUAAAACUACCAGCAAAUAUUAUUUGUAACAGGGAUAAUAAGUUAGAAGCCUUCCCAAUAAGAUCAGGAGUAAAACAAGGGUGUCCAUUAUCACCAAUAAUAUUUUAUUAGAAAUGCUAGCAAUAGCAAUAAAAGAAAAAUAAACAGAAGGAAUACGAAUGGGCAAAGAAGUAGUAGGACUACCUCUUUUUUGCAGACAAUAUGAUUGGUACAUGUGGAAAAAUCCUAGAGAUUCAACCAAAAAGUUAAUUGAAACAAUUUUAGCAAAGUAGCAAGAUAUAAAAUAAGCUCACAUAAAUAAAUCAUCAGCAUUUUUAUAUAUCACUAACAAAGACCUGUAAGAAGAGAUAGAAAGAGAUAUCUCAUUUAAAAUAAUUAUAGACAGAAUAAAAUACAUGAGAGUAUUUGUCCAAACAAACCCAAGAACUAUAUAAAUAUAACCAUAAAAUACUUGUUAAAAAUCCUUAUAAUACCUUGUAUUGGUUCCAAGACAGAGAAGCAAUAAGGACUAGGCAAUGGGGAUUAAGUGACUUGCCCAGGAUCAUAUAGCUAUGGGGUUUCUGAGGUCAAAUGUAAACCCAGGACCCAUUGUCUCUAGACCUGACUCAGCUGAAUCCACUAAGCCACCUAGAUGCCUCCUAUAAAACACUUUUUACACAAAUAAAGUAAUUUUGAUAAUUGAAGAAAUAUUAAUUGUUCAUGGGUGGGUAGUCAAUAUAAAUAAAAUAAUAACACUAUCUAAACUAACCUACUUAUUCAAUGCCAUCCCAAUUAAAUUACCAAAAAAUUGAGCUAGAAAAAAUAAUGAAAUUAUUUAGAAAAAUAAAAGGUCAAGAAUAUCAAAGGAAUUAAUAAAAAAAAAGUAUAAAAGAAGAGGGUCUAGCAAGUGCCAGAUUUUAAACUGUAUUAUAAAGCAGGAAUUAUCAAAACUAUCUGGUACUGGUUAAGAAAUAAUAAGGUAGAUCAGUGGAAUAGAACAGACAUAUAACAAAUAGUAGAAAAAUAUAAUAGUAAAUUUGUAUUUGGCAAAAGUAAAGAUCUAAGUUUGGUGAUAUUAAUUCAUUAUUUGGUAAAAACUGAGUGUCCUCAACCAGAGGCUGAAUGAAAGAAGACAGGAAAGCAGACUGGCAGAAACUAGAUAUAGACCAAUAACUCACAACAUUUACCAAGAUAAGAUCAAAAUGAAUACAUGAGGGAGAUAUCAUACACAACCUAGAACAGGGAACAUAUUUCCUAUCACAUUUAUGGAGAGGAGAGGAAUUUAUCAAUAAACAAAAAUAGCAUUGUGAGAUUUUAAAAAUGGGUAAUUCUGAUUACAUUAAAAUGGUUUUGUACAAAAACUAAUGUAGCCAAGAUUAGAAGGAAAGAAUAGAAAGAAAAAAGAAAAUUGAUUGGAAUUUUUUAUAGACAAGUUUCUUGGAUAAAGUUUUCAAAUCUAAGGCAUAUAGAGAAUUUUGUCAAAUUUAUAUGAUAAAAUGAUAUGACUAUAUCAUUCCCCACCUGAGAAAUGGUCAGAAAAUAUGAUAGUUUGUGGAUGAAGAAAUAAAAACUAUGUAUAAGUAUAUUUUUAAAUGCUCUAGAGAAAUGCAAUUCAAAACAAUUCUGAGAUCUCAUAUCCAUCAGAUUUAUAAAAAGACACAAUGACAAAUGUUAAGGGGAUGUGGGAAAACAGAGACAUUAUUGGUGGAACUGUGGACUGAUCCAACCAUUUUGGAAAGCAAUCUGGAAUUGUGCCCAGAAAGUUAUAAAACUGUAUAUAAUCUUAGACCCAGCAAUACCAUUGCUUGUUCUGUUUCCCAAGGAGAUUAAGGGGAAAAGGAAAGAAAUCCAUAUGUAAUAAAAUAUUUAUAACAGGUUUCUUUAUGGUGGCAAAGAACUGGAAAUUGAGGGAGUGUCUAUCCUUUGGGGAAGGGCUGAACAAAUUGAGGUAUAUGAUUAUAAUGUAAUACUAUGUGCCAUAAGAAAUGAUGAAUGGGCUAAUUUAAACAAACAAACAUGGAAAGACCUACAUGGAAUUAUGAAGCAAAAUAAAUAUAACCAAGAGAAUAUUAUAUAAAGCUACAGAAUUAAUGUUUGAAGACUAACUUGUGAAUGGCCACCUCUAGAGAAAGAAAUGAUAAAUAGAAUAUAUAUAUGGAACUGAUGUCUUCUCUAAUUUGGGGAGAGGAGGGAGAAACCUGGGAUUUUUUAAAAUAACUAAACACAAAUUUAAAAAAAAUUUUUUUAAACCCUUAUCUUCCGUCUUGGAGUCAAUACUGUGUAUUGGCUCCAGGGCAGAAGAGUGGCAAGGGCUAGGCAAUGGGGGUCAAGUGACUUGCCCAGGGUCACACAGCUGGGAAACAUCUGAGGCCAGAUUUGAACCUAGGACCUCCCUUCUCUAGGCCUGGCUCUCAAUCCACUGAGCUGCCCCCACAAAUAAAUUUUUAAAAAGAGCAAUGGAGAUCAUAAGAGGAUUUGACUCCUUAAAAUUUUUUAAAUAAAUUAAGUAGCUUCAUUGUUUUUACCAUAUACAGUUAUCAAGUGUCUUUUUUUACCCAUUACAUUUUAGUUUUGAGAGUGCUAUACUUCUAUUUAUAAUUUUAAAACUAAGCAUGGUUAACUCAAAUACAGUGAAAUACAAACUCAAUAUGGGUCAACUCAGUGAUAUGGCAGCCAAAAACACUAAAAGAUUGCAUAAAGAAAAGUGCCCAGGACUAAAGAGGAAAUAGUUUCAAUGUGCCCUGCCCUAGUCAUCAUACCUCAGAAGUAUUGUAUUCAUCCACCAGGGUGGUAAAAGGUCUAUGAUCCAUCCCAAAUGAGAAUUUCUUGAAUGUUUAAUAUAGAGAAAAGAAUGGGGAGGAGUGCAGAGAGAAGGGAAAUGAUGGUUAUCUUCAAGUAUUUGAAGAGUUAUCACAAGAAUUAGACAUGUCUGUUGGUCCUCAGGUAGAAGAGGCUAACAGGGAUAAAAGUUGCGAAGUAGAAGAUUUUAGGUUUACUGUAAGGAAAUUUUCUAAUUCUAAACUUUCUAAUAAUUACAACCAUCCAAAAAUGGAAGAAGAAACCUAAAAAGGUAUGAGGCUGAUAGACGGUGGAAAACAACCUUUUUUUUUAAAGUGAUGGAUAGUAUAAGGAGACUUUGAGAUCC